AUUUUCUUUGUUAAGUUUCUUUGAUAAAAUGAAUCAAUAAGGUAUUGUGACGUUAUUGUGUAUACCAGAUUAAAAUAGCUGGCAUUAUUAUUACUGAUCGGUAAAAUUCCAUAUUUUGUAAAAAUAAAAAGGUAAGGAAGGUUAAGAAUUUAUGAAAAAAAAUUCAUUCAUAUCCGUUAUUUCGGAUGAAAAAAAAGAAGAAAACAGAGGGUCUGUUGAAUUUCAAGUAUUCUGUUUUACCAAUAAGAUACGAAGACUUACUUCACAUUUGGAAUUGCACAAAAAAGACUAUUCAUCUCAGAGAGGACUACGAAAAAUUCUGGGAAAACGCCAACGACUACUGGCUUAUUUGUCAAAGAAAAAUGUAGUACGUUAUAAAGAAUUAAUAAGUCAAUUGAACAUUCGAGAACUAAAAACACGUUAAUUUGAAGAGUCGUUUUGAAUUAUUUGAUUUAUUAGAUCUUGAAUUUUGAUGAACUUCUUUUUUUUUCAGCAAUUCAUGGAAAAAUGAAUUCGUGUAAAGAAUGAAUCGGGGAAAAACCUAUGACUGUACCAACUUCCAGAAAAGACCUCAUGAUAGUCAAUAUGGGCCCUCACCAUCCAUCAAUGCAUGGCGUUCUCCGACUCAUCGUUACUUUAGACGGUGAAGAUGUUAUUGACUGUGAACCAAUAGUGGGUUAUUUACACAGGGGUAUGGAAAAAAUUGCGGAAAACCGAACAAUUAUACAAUAUCUUCCUUAUGUGACACGUUGGGAUUAUUUAGCUACUAUGUUCACAGAAGCAAUCACUGUAAACGGACCGGAACAGUUGGGAAAUAUUCAAGUACCUAAAAGAGCUAGCUAUAUCCGAGUAAUUAUGUUGGAAUUAAGUCGUAUAGCUUCUCAUUUGUUAUGGCUCGGCCCUUUUAUGGCGGAUAUUGGCGCGCAGACCCCUUUCUUCUAUAUUUUCAGAGAAAGAGAAUUGAUAUAUGAUUUAUUCGAAGCUGCUACCGGUAUGAGAAUGAUGCAUAAUUAUUUUCGUAUUGGAGGAGUAGCUGCCGAUCUACCUUAUGGAUGGAUAGAUAAAUGUUUAGAUUUUGAUUAUUUUUUAAUAGGACUUACUGAAUACCAAAAACUUAUUACGCGAAAUCCUAUUUUUUUAGAACGAGUUGAGAACGUAGGCAUUAUUGGUGGAGAAGAAGCACUAAAUUGGGGUUUAUCAGGGCCAAUGCUACGAGCUUCGGGAAUAGAAUGGGAUCUUCGUAAAGUUGAUCAUUAUGAGUGUUACGACGAAUUUGAUUGGGAGGUCCAAUGGCAAAAAGAAGGAGAUUCAUUAGCUCGUUAUUUAAUACGAAUUGGUGAAAUGGCAGAAUCCAUAAAAAUUAUUCAACAAGCUCUAGAAGGAAUUCCAGGGGGUCCCUAUGAGAAUUUAGAAAUCCGACGCUUUAAUAGAAAAAAAUAUCCUGAAUGGAAUGAUUUUGAAUAUCGAUUCAUUAGUAAAAAGCCAUCUCCGGCUUUUGAAUUGUCGAAACAAGAACUUUAUGUAAGAGCUGAAGCCCCAAAGGGAGAAUUAGGAAUAUUUUUAUGGAAAAUCCGCCCCCCGGGUUUUAUCAAUUUGCAAAUUCUUCCUCAAUUAGUUAAAAAAAUGAAAUUGGCUGAUAUUAUGACGAUACUAGGUAGCAUAGAUAUCAUUAUGGGAGAAGUUGAUCGUUGAAAUGAUAAUUAAUACAACAGAAGUACAAGCUAUCAAUUCUUUUUCCAGAUUGGAAUCCUUAAAAGAGGUUUAUGGGACUAUAUGGAUGCUUUUCCCUAUUUUGAUUCUCGUAUUGGGAAUCACAAUAGGUGUACUAGUAAUUGUGUGGUUAGAAAGAACAAUAUCCGCGAGUAUACAACAACGUAUUGGACCUGAAUAUGCCGGCCCUUUGGGAAUUCUUCAAGCUCUAGCGGACGGAACAAAAACUACUUUUUAAAGAGAAUCUUAUUCCAUCUAGAGGGGAUACAUAUUUAUUUAGUAUCGGACCUUCUAUAGCAGUCAUAUCAAUUCUACUAAGUUAUUUAGUAAUUCCUUUUAGUUCUCACCUUGUUCUAGCCGAUCUCAGUAUUGGCGUUUUUUUAUGGAUCGCUAUUUCAAGCAUUGCUCCCAUUGGACUUCUUAUGUCAGGAUAUGGAUCAAAUAAUAAAUAUUCCUUUUUAGGUGGGCUACGGGCUGCUGCCCAAUCAAUUAGUUAUGAAAUACCAUUAACUCUAUGUGUGUUAUCAAUAUCUCUACGUGUGAUUCGUUGAGACAUAGGUCUUCACCCUCACCCCAUUCAUUUCUUUUUAGGUUUCUAAGAAUAAAAAUGAAAUGUAUUGAAUAGCAUCUUUUUUUUUAUUCACUGAUCGGAUUGAUAAACUAAACUAGAUAGUUAGAUGAGUGAAAAAAAACAGCUUCGAAAUUCGCAGUAAAAAAGAGAAUCUCAUUGCCUAUGUACAAGGGUUAAACGAAAAUAAACAUAAGGAGUCAAGGUUGUUUGUUUCCCCCAAGAUUGGAUAAUUAGUCCUCAUAACUUGAAGCGGGUUGAAAAGAACAAUUCUAUGGAGUUUUGACUAUCUUUUUUUUUAUAUGUAUUACCAUACAUGACAUUAAUUACCAUAGAGAUUGAACAAAAAUGAGUGGAUGAUUAGGAACACCAAAGUACACAAAGGAUUUGUAAUAGAGAUUAUGUAAGUUAUCCGAAGAGAUAUUUUUACAUAAAAGAAAUACUAAUUGAGGCUUUAAAUUGGUAGAAAUGAUCAAGCAGUACUCCCACAAAUUCCGAUCCAGAGUAUGCUCCUAUCCACCGAUUAAGUGAAUGACUAUCAGGAACGAAGUAAUCUUUUACUUUUUUAUUUUAAGCCUAAAUAAAAGAAAUAAGAGGGACGAAAAAAAAUAGCUAAUGUUAAUAUAAAAAUAUAUAGAAA